AACCUGUCAUUAAAAUUCAAAUAAAUAAAUUAAACGUAAAUAUGAAUAAAUAGCAAAAAUACAUGUCAAAAAUAUAAUAUAUGUGUUAGUGCACAGGCUAAUAUCUGUAGAUCACAAAGACAAAGAUCAAUGAACAAAGGGAACCAAUAAUUUCGUUUAUACCAAAUAUCCUUUUAUCUACCAACAUCAAUUUACUCUAUACUUAAGUGUGCACUUUUCUCUUGUCUGGAAAGAAAACGAAAAUGGAACAGCAUCAAAAUGAUGAAACAACCAAAAAUUGAAAUAAACAUUUGUAACAUUGACAAUAAAACCUUCGCAGAAAUAUCCAACAAAAAUAAUAGAUAAUCCAUUUAUAAUUAAAGAUAUGGUAAAUGAAGAAAAAUAUUUAUUUAAUGCCAUAAAUAAAUGUAAUACUAAUAAAAAAUCAUCACUUGACCUGAAAAAUAGAACACAAACUUCGCUUCCAACGUUAAAUGAAGAAACUUUAACAAAAAACGAAUUCACACAAACUUGUAAAGAUACUAAUAUUGCUUAUCAACAGACCACUACUUUUACUGCAACUUCUAACUUUGAUUUGUACAUCAAAUUAAAAGACUAUUUGAAUAUGGUAGAAUCGUUGAAGAACGAAUGCACAUCGCACUGCAAUUUUCGAUUAUACGAAUCAAAUAACAAAUGCGACUAUGAACAAGUAAAACUAACUCAAGUUAACCAUUCUAUUAAAGCAGAUCGCAAAAUAUUUACUAAUGCUUGCAAGAAAAACGGCAGGAAGAAAUGGCAAUCUAACCAAAAAUAUUACUGUCCACGAAACAUGAAUGAACGUGACAAUUUUUUAAAGUCGGGUUUUAUGUUUAUGAUAAAAAACAAUGAAGAAAGCCGUUCACAAAGAGUGUUAAUUUCGUUUGAUACAGAAAUGAAAAAUUUAAAAGUUAACCAUUCGAAAAAGAAAACUAUACAAAAACAUAUUUCAGAGGUUUUAACAGAAAACCUAUUCAGGAAUAAUAUUCAUAAAAAAAGAGAUUUAAUUGAAUCAGAAAGUGAACCGAGUUUAAUGUCUCAAGUGUCCACCAUCAGAAUAGAAAAUUCCCAUGAGUUCCCUUAUACAAAUUGCAAAAUUGUUCCUGAGAUUAAAUCGAAGCAUAAUAAAACGACUAAUGAAAAUGUUAAUAACUUAAAUAACAACGAUGGUGAAAAAUUAAAAACAGAAUAUCUGUACCUAUCUGACUCAUUUAGGUGGAAUAAAACUUCGUCCAAUGUUAUUAAAAUGACUGAAAUUGUAACUAAACCCGAUAAUGUAUUCAAACGCCAAGAAGUUAUAUUAGCGUCAGAUUCAGAACAUUUAAAUUCAUUUACUACAGAAGGAUUUAAGAAGCAAGAAAAAAGUCCGUACCUUGCGAAGGCAGAGAAACUUAUUCAUGAAAAAGAAAAUAAACGAGAACCAAAAAAAUUUAAAGGAAAGAAACUUACCUUUCAAGGGCUGUUUCGGUUUUUAAGAAUAAAAUCAAAAUCCUAAACUACUUUCUAUUUUCCUUAGUCUAACAAGUAAUGCCGAGUACGUACCUGUGCAUGUUUGUAUCUAUAUGCUUAAAAGAAA